CAAGAAAGAGAAUGCAGCAUCCCCUUACUACAACCACACUUAACCGUCAAUCCCAGGAACGACAAAUAUAAAGUUGGAGAUUUGUUGAAAUUUUCUUGCCAACAAGGACACAGAGUAGGACCAGAUUCAGUGCAAUGCUACCACUUUGGAUGGUCUCCUAGUUUCCCAAAAUGUAAAGGUCAAGUAGAAUCAUGUGAUCAACCUCCUGAACUUCUCAAUGGAGAAGUUAAGGGAACAAAGAAAGACGAAUACAGCCAUGGUGAAGUGGUGGAAUAUGAUUGCAAGCCUAGAUUUCUCCUGAAGGGACCUAAUAAGAUCCAGUGUAUUGAUGGGAAGUGGACAACCUUGCCGAUGUGUGUCGAGGAGGAGAGAACAUGUGGAGACAUUCCUAAACUUGAGCAUGGCUCUGUCCACCUUUUUGUCCCUCCUUACCAUCAUGGAGAGUCAGUGGAGUUCAGCUGCACAGAAAACUCCACAAUGAUUGGACAUGGGUCAGUUUCAUGCAUUAGUGGAAGGUGGACCCAGCUUCCUCAGUGUGUUGAAACAGAUCAACUGGAGAAGUGUAAAGCACCAAUGUUAACUGGUGUGGACAGAAUUCAACCCAAUAAGAAAGAAUUUAAUCAUAAUGUUAGCAUGGAUUACAAAUGUAGAGGAAAGAAGGUGUAUAAACACUCAACCUGCAUCAAUGGAAGGUGGGAUCCUGAGCCAACCUGUAGAGAGGAAGAAUCCUGCCCUCCUCCACCACAGAUUCCAAAUGCCCAAGUGAUGGAAACCACAGUGAAAUACCAGGAUGGAGAAAAAGUAUCUGUUCUUUGUCAAAACAAUUACAUAAUACAGGACACAGAAGCAAUGCUGUGCAAAGAUGGAAGGUGGCAGUCAUUACCACGCUGCAUUGUGAAAAUUCCAUGUUCCCAGCCCCCUGAGAUAGACCACGGAUCUAUUAAGUUACCCAGAUCAUCAGAAGAAAGGACAGACAGAGUGGACUCCAGAAUUCAUGAACACGGCACUACAUUCAGCUAUGUUUGUGAUGAUGGCUUUAGGAUGGCUGAGGAACACGGGGUAACCUGUGACAUGGGAAAGUGGAGUGCUCCACCUCACUGUGUCGGACUUCCUUGUGGACCUCCACCUGCAAUCCAUCAUGGGAUUGUGUCUCAUGAGCUGGACAUUUACCCACAUGGAGAAGAGCUGGCAUACAGUUGUGCUGAAGGCUUUGGAAUUAAUGGAUCAGCACUGAUUAAAUGUGUAGGAGGAAAGUGGUCCCAGCCACCCGCUUGCAUAAUAACAGAUUGUGACAAUUUACCCAGGUUUGAAAAUGCCAUACCCAAAGAAGAGGAAAAAUAUUCAUAUAGGUCAGGUGAACAAGUGACAUUCACGUGUGCACCUUCUUAUCAUAUGAUUGGGUCCAACACUGUGACGUGUGUUAACCGCAAUUGGAUUGGAGAGGUGGUAUGCAAAGACAAUUCUUGUGUGGAUCCACCACUUGUGAAAAAUGCUACUAUAGUAACAAGGUCCAUGGAUAAGUAUCCACCCAAAGCAAGAGUACGAUAUGAAUGUCAUAAAUCUUUUGAACUAUUUGGGGAAGUAGAAGUGAUGUGUCAAAAUGGGGUUUGGACAGAGCCACCAAAAUGCAAAGAUUCUACAGGGAAAUGUGGGCCUCCUCCACCUAUUGACAAUGGAGACAUCACCUCCUUCCCAUUGUCAGUAUAUGCACCAUUAUCUUCAGUUGAAUAUCAGUGCCAGUUCUUGUACCAACUGCAGGGCAACAAGAAGAUAACAUGUAGAAAUGGAGAGUGGUCAGAGCCACCAAAAUGUUUACAUGCAUGUGUAAUAGUAGAUGAAAUCAUGGAAAGACAUAACAUAACUUUCAAAUGGAGAGAAGACCAAAAGCUAUAUUCUCAAUCAGGGGAUAAUGUUGAAUUUAAGUGUAAAUCUGGAUAUAAACUGAUAGAAAAAUCACCUCCAUUACGUACAAAGUGCAUUGAUGGUCGCAUCAAUUAUCCCAGUUGCUCAAAAAUACAUUAUUGGUACAACGGAUGAAUGAACCUUUGUUUAGAAAUGUGCAUGAAUAUUAAUAUUAUAGUUUCAAAAUUUUAUGUUUGAAGUAUUGUUUAACUCAUUUCUUCUCAUAAGUAUAAAAUAGUGUUGAUGUAUAGUGAUUAAUUUGGAGCCUGAGAGACUACUGCCUCAAAUGCAAAGUAGUGCACUCAGAACUCCUAAAGCAGAAUGGGCUGUGUGCUAGCACAGUAAUCAAUGGUAAUAAAAUAGAUGCAAU